AAAAAGUAUUCUGUGAUGACUGAUGGUAAUAAAAUAAAUAUUUUAAUUUUUAUUCGCUAAUAUGAGUUGUUCUAGAGGAAAUAUUAUCCGAAAAAGGCCCCAGAAGCAUCAAAAUAAAACUGCCUUUAAAAAUGAUUUACAUGAUACAAGUAAAAAAACUAAAGUUCUUAAUAAUUUGGAGGUUAACGGCGUAUGUGAACGUUGUAAAGAAAUAAUAGAAUGGAAGAUAAAAUACAAAAAAUAUAAAACAUUAUCUGCACCUAGGAAGUGUGUGGGAUGUGAACUAAAAAAAGUCAAAUAUGCUUACCAUGUUUUGUGUACCGAUUGUGGAAAAGAAAAGAAGAUAUGUGCUAAGUGUUGCACGUCGUUCGAUGUUAUCAAGAAAAGUGAUGAAGAAAAUGAAGAUAAUAAUGUUAAUAAAUAUCAGUCAAUACUGAAAAAUCUACCAGAAAGAAAACGAAGAACAUUGCUUAGGUAUAUUAAGAAACAAGAAGAUGGACAAGAAAUUUCAAGCACAGCAAUUGAAGCACUGCUGUCAGAAAUUGAUAAAAUAAACCUAGAUGACGAUUUAAAUGAUGAGUCAAGUGAAGACAACCUAUGUGGAUCCGAUUAAUUUCCGUGACUUGUUGUUGUGCAAGUGUUUUAUAUAAUCCUUUUACUUGAGAAUAAAAGACAUUUUACU